AUGUCCGAGCAACUCAAGCCCUCGGACCCUCCCCUCUCAGAAUGCCCAGAGCUGAUAGCCAUCGUGGGCAUGGGGUGCCGAUGGCCUGGUGGCGUGAGAACAACCUCACAACUGUGGGAUCUGCUGCGGGAAGAGAGAGACGGCUGGUCCGAAUUCAAGAAAGACCGCAUCAACGUCGACGGGUUCUACCAUCCCAACGGCAAGCGGCAGGGGAGCAUGUACACAAGAGGCGGGCAUGUCUUGGAAGAGGACACGCGCAACUUUGAUCACAGCUUCUUCGGCAUCUCAGCAACAGAGGCGAUGGCGCUGGACCCCAGCCAGCGGAAAUUGCUCGAAGUGACGUACGAGGCUGUCGAGUCUGCCGGAGAGCCCCUGGAAAAUUUCUCUGGUUCGAGGACUGGUGUUUUCGUCGGAAACUUCAACAACGAGCACCAGCUUAUGCAAUAUCGGGAUCCGGACCACACGUUACCUUACGUUGUGACCGGUGGCGGCCCUACGAUUCUUAGCAAUCGUAUCAACUAUGUGUUUAACCUUUCGGGACCAAGUCUCAUGGUUGAUACCGCAUGCUCAGCGUCUAUGUACGCUCUACACCUUGCCGUCACCGCGAUUCGCAAUGACGACUGCGACGCGGCGAUCGUCGCGGGAGCCAACGUGAUCCUCGGUCCAGACAAUCAAAUCUUCACAACAAAGCUCGGCGCUGUGUCCCCGACAUCUCGAUGCCACACGUUUGACAUCGCCGCUGACGGCUACUCGCGCGCCGAAGGGUUCGGCGCCCUCUACCUCAAAAAGCUGUCAGAUGCCGUUGCCCAAGGUGACCCAAUCCGUGCCGUCAUCCGGGGCACGUCGUUUAAUGCGAACGGGAAAACAGGCGGCAUCUCGCAUCCUAGCCCCGACGGCCAGGAAGCAGUCAUCCGACAAGCUUACAAGGCCGCGGGCGGCUUGAACCCAGACCUCACGGGCUACGCAGAGUGCCAUGGAACGGGCACGCCAGUGGGAGAUCCGAUCGAGGCCUCGGCCGUCGGGAGGGUGUUUUCAAAGGGCCGCACAGAUGACCCUUUGCUGAUCGGUUCGAUUAAACCAAAUCUCGGGCACAGUGAAGCUGCCAGUGCCAUGUCACAGAUCAUGAAAUGCAUCCUUGCCAUGGAGCAUAGGCAGAUCCCUGCGACCAUUCACAUCAAAGAGUUUAACCCUGCGAUCGACUUCGAGACGGCCAAAGCCAAGGUCGUGACAAAGAUGACAGAGUGGCCGUCCAACAGGCUGCUGCGGUCCAGUAUCAACAGCUUUGGGUACGGCGGCGCGAAUAGCCACGCGAUUCUCGAUCAUCCGAGCGUAGUCAUUCCCGGCUACAACCUCCACGGAAGGCCUCGAGGUUAUGGUCAGGUACUACGAGCACUGUUUCCCAGUCGCCAGACUAAUGAAAACGACCAUGUCAACAGCAACGGCCACGCCAACGGCAACGGCCAUGCCAACUCUUCUGACCCGUUCACCUGGUAUCAACUAACGCAACUCGUCCAAGCCCAGGCGUCCGGGACGCGUCCACAUGUGUUGCUCCCGAUAUCCGCUCACAACGACAAUGCCCUCAAAGAGGGAAUCGAGAGUGCCGGGAGCCUGUUCUCGCAAUAUGAGGCGGCUGACAUUCUGUAUACCCUGAGCAGUCGACGAUCGAGAUUCGCUAAACGGGCUUACGUUGUCACUGCUGUUGACUCAAUCAAGGCGGAUGGGAUCCAGGCCGACCAGGUGAUCAAGGCGAAAGCCCCAAGCACCUUUUCAAAGAAGCUCGGUUUCGUCUUCACAGGACAGGGCGCGCAAUGGCCCCGGAUGGGCGCGGAACUUUUCCCCGAGUAUGCUAUGUUCAGACAGACAAUCCGUUAUCUGGACCAAGUUCUGGGUGCCCUGACCAGGAGGCCGUCCUGGACGAUUGAGGGAGCACUUCUGGAGCCGGCGGUCACCAGCCAGAUUCAUGACCCGGCCUUCUCCCAGACCGUUUGCACAGGCCUGCAGAUAGCACUAUUGGCUCUUUUGAGGCAAUGGGAAAUUGAGCCUGUUAUGACUCUUGGGCACUCUUCUGGCGAGAUUGCCGCAGCCUACGCAGCUGGCCAUCUCAAGGCAUCUGAGGCUAUUGUUCUCGCGUACUUCCGCGGCCAGGUCGUCUCAACCAAUACCCGAGAGGGACUCAUGAUGGCCGCAGGCCUCAGCAGCGACGAUGCUCGGUCCUAUCUCGAUGGAAUCGAGAACAAGGUCAAGAUCGCCGCCGUCAACUCGCCCAACAGCGUCACGCUUUCGGGAGAGCCUGAUUCUAUUCAGUCAUUGAACAAGAUCCUGGCUGAUAAGGACGUGUUCGCGCGCGUUCUCAAGACAGGUGGCAACGCAUACCACUCUCACCACAUGCUGGCUCUCGGUGAGGUUUAUGAACAGCUCGCCACCCAAGGUCUUGCAGAGAUCAGCUCGUUCACCAGUCAAGAGCCAGCGCUCCCCAGCGCAGACUGGAUUUCCUCGGUGACACCCAAGAAGGAAGCCACAAGGGCAGAUCCGGCGUACUGGCGACGCAACUUGGAGUCACCGGUGCUGUUCUCGACUGCCGUGGAGAGAUGUGCAGCGGAGAGCCCCGUAGAUCUCCUUAUCGAGAUCGGACCUCAUCCAGCGUUAAGCGGUCCGUUGAAGCAGAUCAGAACUGAUCUAGGAAAUCAUGGGACCUCGCUGCCUGCUUGUCUCGGAUCGCUUCGUCGCGGCGAAGACGCCGUUGUGAGCAUGCUCUCGCUCGCCGGAGAUCUGUUCAUCCAUAACGCUGCCAUCAAUCUGGUUGCCGUCAACGCGACAGAGAGCAUCGCAUCCGGAAAGCUGGAGCUCUCCCAUGGUCUUUUCUGCCUGGAUCUACCCCCCUACAAGUACUCUUACCCUGAUCCCCCGCUCCACUACGAGAACAGACUCAACAAGGAGUACCGACUUCGCAAGCAUCUCCGCCAUGACCUCCUCGGAGCCCGUGUUCCGGGCGGUUCAAAGAACCACCCACAGUGGAGGAAUGUCCUCCGCCAGAAAGACCUUCCUUGGCUCGAAGAUCACAAGUUGCUCCCUCAUGCGGUUCUCCCCGGAGCCGCGUACAUGACCAUGGCAAUUGAAGCUGCUACUCAACUUCAUAAUGAAGCAGAGGAUGCGGCUCCGAUCAAAGCAUUCAAGCUUCGCCAGAUUGCCAUUAACUCGACUUUGCGCGUUGAAGACACUGAGCUUGGUGUGGAAACAUUCCUCAACAUGGAGAGGCUACCACUGAACAACGCUGCCGUCAUGUCACAGUGGUACAAGUUCAGCAUUGGCUCCAUUCUACCCAAUAAUGAUGUGUGGACGCAACACUGUACCGGAAAGAUCGCCAUGGUCACGGCAAACGCGGACGUUUAUCCAUCCAAUAAGCUGGAGAUCGACCACCGAGCCAAGUCUCUGGAUAUCUCCCGAUGGUACGAACGGUUCCAGACUGCCGGUCUUGGCUACGGACCUGCAUUCCAGGGAUUGUCAGAUCUCAAAGCGUACCGUGGUGCCAAUGUUGCGUCAGCCAACGUAUCCCUUCAUCCUACUGCUUCGUUCGAGAAUGAAUCGCAAAAGGCCUUUGUUCCCAUUUUUGCAGACAACCUGACGGUCUGUGUCCCUGAGCAACCCGCAGCCCACGCAUUGGGCGUGGCGGAAGGGAAUCUCCUCGGCCUCCGCAGUGCUUACACCAAAGUUCAGCUCUACAAUUUAGGCGGGUCGCUACUCCUUGACGUGGGAGACCUGAAGUGUGUUGCGUAUGAAGGAAUCGGGGACUCAAGUGCUACAGUGUCAGCCCGUCAUCCGUACUGGCGACCAGUGCUACGACCUGACAUUGGCACUCUGAGUGCGUCCAUGGCACAGACCCUGUUCCCUCCCAGAGAGGACUCUUCUAACCACGCUGCUAACAUGGAAGCUCUACAAACAUUGGCUGUCCACGUACUUGUGAGUCUGCAGGGCCAGCUACAACAAGUGACAUAUUCUGACUCCGCUGGCCAAAACCAUGAUCAAUUCAUCGAUUGGGUCGAGAAAUGGACAUCUUCGAAGGAGUAUGAAGCUAUCCCGAGCUUCAGAAAGGAAGACUGUGAAGGCGAGAUUCAAAGGCUGGCCAAAGAUCUGAGCCAUGUUCCGGAGGCGCGAUGCCUUGUGGCCCUGCACGCCAACAUCGACAAAGUGCUCAGGGGAGACACGAACAGUGUUAAGGUCCUGAUGGAGAACAAUCUGCUCAAUGACCUCUACACUUCCGGUACUUUUGUUGAGGGCGCCUAUCUGCAGCUGCGAAACGUCUUGGAUCUUCUCGCUCACAAGAACCCUCGAAUGAGAGUGUUAGAGAGGUUCGAUGAGUACGUCAUCACAGACUCACAAGGCUGGUGCGUUACAGAUGCGAAGACGAGAAUUGCAGAUCACGGCGGAUUGACCUUUGAAACCUUGGAUGUUCUACAAAACCCUGUUUCUCAGGGAUUCGAAGCCGAUUCAUUUGACCUUGUUAUCGCGGCUGGCUUCCUCGGACAAUCGGAAAACCGCGAAUCUGCACUGGCGAACCUGAAGACUUUGCUGAAGCCGUCGGGGUCACUUGUCUUGUCGGAAACAACUCACCUCACCCUUCCGUCAGAGAUCCUCCUCCGAACCCUGACGGGCCAGUGGGUUGCCGACGAUAUCAGUAUCGAUGAGACUUCUUGGGACUCGGUCCUCAGGGUUUCGGGCUUUUCAGGAGUUGAGAUUUCUCUGCGAGACUACGUUGAGGAUCAGCAUCAAACAACUGUUAUGCUCUCUAAGGCUGCCAAGACCACAACAGACCUUGUCUCGAAGCAGAAAUUGGCCGAUGCUGUCCUGCUGUACCGAGAGACAAUUCCGUCUGCGGCAGAGGCUACAUUCAAAUUGCUUCAGCAACAAGGUCUCACACCUGCCUUCGUAGAGCUGCAUUCAAGCGAUGAGAUCACCCCAAGGUCGACCAUUAUCAGCUUCGCUGACAUCAACGGUAGCGCUUUCACUUGCCGCGACGAGUCUGAAUUCAAAGCAGUGAGACAGGCUGUUUCGCGAGCUUCAGCAAUGGUCUGGAUCAGUGGCGAUCUCAUGGUCCCUGGCGAAUCAUCUAUCAUGAAGGGAUUCCUCAGAUCCAUUGCCACAGAAUACGGACAGUCCAAGUUCGCCUUUGUUGAGCUGGAUUUGAAUAGCUACACACGGCAAAAGAGCAUCCCCAGCUUGCUUGUCCAGAAGUUGAAUGAGCUGCAAGACGAUGCUUCAUUUGAAAGCGUCGAUAGGGAAUGCCUCAUCAGGGAUGAUUCCCUUUACGUUGAACGCCUGUUGCCAGACCCGGGUCUCAACGAGCAGUUCUCCUUGCGCAAUGUUGGAGAAGAACUUGUCCAGAGAACUCUAGAAUCCCAAGGACCGAUCAAGGCGUGCUACGGGCAGCCUGGCGUGUUAUCAUCUCUGUACUUCAGCCGCGAUCUGCAAUUUGACAAGCCACUGAGGAAUGACUGGGUUGAGAUCAAAACUGAGGCCAUUGGUCUGAACAUGAAGGAUCUCGCCGUCGCUACGGCUCGAUUUGAUCUCGAUACAUUCAGCACCGAAGGCUGUGGAGUGGUGAUUCGUACUGGCCCAGAUGUCACGACCCUCAAGGUGGGUGACCGCGUCUUCGGCAUGAUCCCCGGAAACAUGGGCAACCGCCUUCGUUCACCAGCUUCUCUGGUCGCGAAGGUCCCGAGCAAGGUCUCGGCCGAGGGUGCCGCGUCGAUGCCAGUCGUCUACCUCACCGCAAUUUACGCCUUCCACCACCUCGCCCGCUUGCAAAAAGGAGAAUCGGUUCUCAUUCAGUCUGCCACCGGAGGUCUCGGCAUGGCAGCUGUCCGCAUCGCCCAGAAUAUCGGAGCUCAGAUAUAUGCAACAGUCGGUACCGAUGACAAGCGCAAUGCGCUGACUCGGGAAUUCGGUAUCCCCGCCAACCGCAUCUUCAACUCACGAAGCCUCAGCGCCAUCGAUGAACUUAUGCAAGCUACGAGCCAGAGAGGCAUCGACGUGGUUCUGUGUAGUUCAGCUGGGGACUCGAUGCACGAGACAUGGAGAUGCAUUGCACCUCUGGGCCGCUUCAUCGAUGUUGGCCGAACUGACGUCCUUGGCGGUGGUAGGCUGGGGUUGGAGGUAUUCAAGAGAAAUGCCACUUUCUCGUCUUUCGAUCUUGGCUUGGUAUAUCGUCAAAAGCCCAAUCUGAUCACGAGUUUGAUGGCCGAGAUGCUAAGUCUACUUGACCACGGGGUAAUUGGCCCUGUUCAGCAUUUGAGCACUUUCUGCAUUUCUCAGCUUGAGUCAGCCAUGAGUAGCUUCUCAAAGGGAGUGCACACCGGAAAGUUUGUUAUCACCUUUGACAACCCAGCGGCCGAACUCAAGAUUGCACGGUCAGUCUCACGAGCCGCCUUUGACCCUACUGCUGCAUAUCUGCUUGUUGGUUGUCUGGGUGGUCUCGGACGCAGCCUCGCGGCAUGGAUGGUGGAGCGCGGCGCUCGUCACCUUGUCUUCCUGUCUCGAUCAGGCGCCGACAAGCCUGAGACUGUUGCUCUCGUGCGAGAUCUCGAAGCCGCCGGGGCUGUUCCUGAAGUCAUCCGCUGUGAUGUGAUCUGCCAGAAAUCAGUCACUUUGGCGGUCUCUGAUAUCUCUUGCCGUACCAAGGUGAAGGGUGUCAUCCACGCUGCCAUGGUGGAGGGGGACGCUCUCCUUGCGAAUGCUACCUGGCAGCAGAUUCAGAAGGUUCUCGCACCGAAGGUCGCUGGCACGGUGAACCUUCAUCACGCGGUCAAGGACAUGCCUCUGGAUUUCUUCCUGAUGACAUCGUCCAUUGUCGGAACGGUAGGCACCCCAAGCCAGGGAGCGUACACCGCCGCAAACGCCUUCCAGGACGCGUUUGCUCGAUUCCGGCGCAUGCAGUCUCUGCCAGCCACUGCGCUAGGAUUGGGUCUCAUUCUUGAAGUCGGCUCCGUCAGUGGCUCUGUUGCCUUCCAGCAGAUGCUGCGGCGCAACGCUACCUACGGAGUAUCGGAAACCGAGUUCCUUCAGCUUAUCGAGGGUGCGCUCUGCGACUCUGACUCUUCCGUGGAGCCUUCUGCGCUCUCCCAGCUUGACCCGUACUGCACAGGUCAAAUCGUCACAGGACUCGAACCUUCGCGUUUCGUCUCUUACCUUGACAGCGGACGCAUCAAUGACUUGGUAUGGUACAAGAACCCUCGCUUCCGGGCUGUCGCGCAGGCAAUCUCCGAAGAGUCUCUGGCUCUCGCUACCGGCUCUGGCGCAGGGGCAGGUCACGGCUCUUCGAUAGCAUCGCAGUUGGAAAACGCGUCUACGCCAGCGGAAAAGCUCGAGAUCGCUCGCUCUGCCAUCACAGCACGGAUCGCCGAGCUGAUCGGCAUACCCACCGACGAGAUCGACACCGAGAAACCCGUGUCGCGCUACGGAGUUGACAGCUUGGUGGCGGGCGAACUGAGGAACUGGCUGAUCAAGACAUUCGGGAUGGAGGUUUCCAUGCUACAGCUGCUGAACAAGAGCACAAAGAUCGGGAUGCUGGUGCAAGAUGCUGUCAAGUCAUACUGA